UGCUAUUACGGGUGUGCAUUUUCGGGAAUAAACUGAAGAUAGUGAUUUUUUUGUUGUUGAAGAAUUUCGUUUUAAAAAGCAAUUAUAAAGCGGUCAUUUCUGUGAAUCGUCGAAUAGACCAUAUCCUAAAAUUUGCAUAUUAACUUCAAACUUUAGUCGAAACAAAGUUCAAGAAAAACGUAGAUUUUUGAGAUAUUUAGACAUGAGACCCGCAUUCUACAUAUCUCUGAUGGUGCUGGGAUGGGCCGUUUCCCUAUCCCUGGCGGGCGACCCCUUCGCCAGAGUAAACGACAUCCUGAGCAACGAGACCACGCUGCAGUUCUACGCCAAAUGCUUCUUGGACCAGGGACCCUGCUCCGGAGACGGUCGUGCUAUUAAGAGACUUCUGCCCGACUUCAUCUCUUCGAGCUGCGCGAGGUGUUCGUCGAGACAGAAGCAGAUGGCCUGCAAAAUCCUCUACACUUUGCAGCAGGAAAAGUACGCAGAUCUGUGGGUCGACUUUGUGAAGAAGUACGAUCCGGUCGGGCAGCACCAGACUAAGCUUCAGAACUUCAGAGAACUCUGCCUGGAUAGUUUCAGCAUCGCUGUGUGAUCAUUUGAAUUUAUUAGUUCGCGAAUAUACAUUUUUCGUUUGAAUUUUUACAAUAAUAAAAUAUUUGAAUUGUAAAGAA